AUGGCGACCGUUACUGUCAUCUCGACGCUGAUUGCGUCCGCGACGUCCAACGCGCCCGCGGCGACGUCGACCGGCGAUCGCGCGACGCCGCAGGCUGGGGUUCUCGAGGGUGCCAGUCCUGUUGCUUUCGACCCGAAGAAUCCGAUCCAGCUGUUCAUGGUCCAGGCUGCUCUCAUCAUUGUGUUCUGUCGACUGUUAUACUUCCCUCUUAGAUACCUGGGACAGCCUCGUGUCAUCGCUGAGGUGAUUGGGGGCAUUAUUCUGGGCCCUUCGGUUAUGGGCCAUAUUCCGCAUUUCAAAGAUGCCAUCUUCCCGGCUCCCUCGAUGCCCGUCCUCAACAAUGCCGCCAACCUCGGUCUUAUCAUUUUCUUGUUCCUGACAGCUCUAGAGGUUGAUCUCCACAUGUUCAAGCGCAACUGGAAAGUUGCAGUCAGUGUUGGUUUCCUCGGCAUGGUUCUAUCUUUUGCCCUGGGUGUUGCUAUCGCUGUCGGUCUCUACAACCAUUUCAACAACGAGGAUGGAGUUUCGCCAAUUGGCUUCGGCACCUUUUCCCUGUUCGUCGGAACUGCUCUCGCCAUCACCGCCUUCCCGGUGCUGUGCAGGAUCUUGACCGAGCUCGAGUUGCUGAGCACAUCGGUCGGCGUCACUGUGCUGGCUGCUGGCGUGGGCAACGACGUCGUCGGAUGGAUCUUGCUCGCCCUCUGCGUCGCUCUGGUCAACAACGCCAACGGUCUGGCUGCUCUGUGGGCCUUGUUGUGCUGCGUUGGCUGGAUUCUCGUUCUCGUCUUUGCCGUCAAGCCUGCCUUCCACUGGUUCUUGCGAAGGAACGGCAGUCUGCAGAACGGACCGACCCAGGGCACUAUCGGCCUCACGAUCCUCCUCGUGUUCGUCUCCGCUUGGUUCACCGGUAUUAUUGGCGUCCAUCCCAUUUUCGGUGGAUUCCUGGUCGGACUUAUCUGCCCCCGCGAGAGUGGCUUCGCCAUCAAGCUGACGGAAAAGAUUGAGGAUUUUGUCAGCGUUGUCUUCCUCCCUCUUUAUUUUGCGCUGUCUGGGCUGAACACAAACCUCGGUCUGUUGAACGAUGGGUUGGUUUGGGCUUACGUGGUCGGUGUGACUGCUGUCGCGUUCUUUGGAAAGAUUGUCGGCGGUACCCUCGCUGCCAAGUUCAACGGUCUGGUCUGGAGGGAAAGCUUCACGAUCGGUGUGUUGAUGAGUUGCAAAGGUCUUGUCGAGCUGAUCGUCCUGAACAUCGGUCUUCAAGCCAACAUUCUCUCGCAGCGGACCUUUACGUUGUUCGUUGUUAUGGCCGUCGUAACGACCGUGACAACCACGCCCUUGACCAAGCUCCUGUACCCGAAAUCGUACCAGUACAAACUGGAGAAGUGGAAGCGCGGCGAGAUUGACUGGGAUGGCAACCCACUGACGCCUUCCACAAGCCAACAAGAUUCGGUGGAGAAGCUCAACGAGAGCCAAAUUCGCCGUCUAUUGGUCUACCUGCGACUGGACAGUCUUCCUAGCCUGUUCACAUUCAUCUCCCUCGUCGGUCAGGCGAGCGAGAUACAACCUGUUUCGCCUCCAGAAGAGCAAGCUCAGCAGGGCCAGGUGUCUCAGCCUCCACAGCGCCCCCUCGAGGUCCACGGCCUGCGGAUUUUGGAACUUACCGAACGUACAUCUAGUGUCAUGCAGGUCUCCCAAGUUGAAGAGUACUCGCGUCGCGACCCGAUUGUCAACACCUUCAAGACCUUCUCCCAGCUCAACAAUCUUGCUGCCGCUGGUCAGGUCGUUGUCGCUCCCAGCGAUUCGUACGCCGAGACUCUGACGCGCCAGGCGUCCGAGGUUGCUUCAGACUUUGCUUUGAUCCCCUGGAGCGAAAUCGGCUCUGUCACGGAAGAUUCCACGGUUCCCGCAGCGGUCUCGGAACAGGAUCGCUUCAACUCGCGGACUCAUCUGGACUUCAUGCAAAAGUGCCUGGCUCACGCCGUAUGCAACACUGGCAUCUUCAUCAACAAUGGGUUUGGCGGUCAAGUCAAGUCCGAUCGGCCAUCGCUUCACAGGAGCGUUUCGGCCAUGUCUAUCCACAGCAUUCGCGCCCAGCCGGCGUCCCUGCCCGUCGCGGACAAGACUCACCACAUCUUCUUCCCCUUCUUUGGCGGUGUCGAUGACCGAGUGGCUCUACGCUUCGUGCUACGGCUUGCCAAGAACACCAAUGUGAACGCUACGAUCUGCCGGUUCGAUCUGUCUGGAGAGGAGGUCGACAUCACCCACCCGCCAGAGGUCGCCGUUGCGGGCAGCGGCGCGGCAAGCCCUCGCGAUGCUGGCUCAAAGCUUGCUACUGGUACCGACAUCGACAACGUCAAGACUGUGGAGGAGGCCACUGCCCACGACCUGGGUCUCUUCUCGUCCUUGAAGAACUCGCUUCCCGAGGAGCUCUCCCCUCGCGUCACGUUCAUGGAGGUGACUACGCACGGCAAGUCCGCCCUGACCGACGUCAUCGCCGAGGCCAAGCAGGUCGUCGGCAAGUCCAGCCGCAACGCGGGCGAUCUCGUCAUCGUCGGCCGGCGCCACGCCUCGUUUGGCGACUCUGCCGCCGCCACGGACUUCAGGGGCACCGUCGGCACGGUCGGAGAGUGGGUUGCCACGAGCGGAGUCAAGGCCAGUGUCCUGGUCAUCCAGGCUGGCGGUCGGGGGCUGGAGUCGUGA